ACCCUUCCUAUCUCAACCUGGAUUAGUUGGUUUCUAAAGUCUAAACACUUCAUUGUUUUCUAAAUACUGCCUUGUCAUUUGAAGUCGAACCUGCCUAAGUUAUUGGAAAAGAUUUCACUGAAAAUGGCUGUCACCAACUAUAGUGUUGAAGCUUUUGCCAGAUAUACACUUGCCUCUGUUUCAUUCAAGUUCACUGUGGUAUACCUAUUAAUGGUGGCAUUAUCCAAGAAAUGGAAACAACAUGUGAAGCCAAUACAACUAAACAAUUUGAUGGUCGUCUACAACUACUCCAUGUCUGCUGCAAACGGUGCCUGCUGCCUCAUGUUUGCGCUGGCUCUGCUGCGCUGUGACCGUUUCUACAGCAAGGAGCGGGAACGGCGCAUCGAAGCUGCUGCUCUGCUCUACUGGCUGCUCAAGGUGGCAGAGCUACUGGACACGGCGUUCAUGAUGCUGCGUCACAAGACUGGCCAGAUCACGUUCCUGCACGUGUACCACCACGCCAGCAUGGUGCUGCUGACCGACUACUUCUACCACCUGGCGCCGUGGCCGGCCAUCUCGUUCCCGGUGAUGAUCAACGCCUUCGUACAUGUCUGCUUGUACGCCUAUUACGGGCUCACCUCUGCGUCUGUAUCCAUUCCUGUGGCCUGGAAGAAGCGGAUGACGCAGCUGCAGAUCGCCCAGUUCGGUAUUGGCCUGGCACACGCCGGUGUCGGCUACCUGCGACACGGCUUCUGCGCGUACAGCGUCUUCUAUGCGCUCACCAUGAUCGGCCUCUUCGGCAACUUCUACCUCAGGGCGUACGUUCUGCAGAGGAAACAACGCAAGGAACAAUGAUAGGCAUGUGAUGGGCUGGACAGACGGAUUUUAUAGAGACCUUUGAUACUGUUCAAAGGGACUGGGAAUGAGAAGGGAUCUGAAAAACUGAAACAUCGAGCUUGAUGACAAUACGACUGAACACAGCGUAUUUCUGGACCAUUUGCAGACGACGAGUCAUUAUUGAGUCAUCGACUUAUCGAGCAUUAGAGAUCUGUGUGUAACACAACUUCCAGUGAAACCUGAUGUUUACUUAGGGUUGCCUUUCAUUAACAUUCCAAUCAAUACUGAUGUGUGCAAUUAAGGCUUCUGUUCAAAUCAUUUUUAAUGAACAUACGUUUCGCAUAAUUACUAUCUACUUUCUGUCACUCAUUUACAUUUCGCAUAGGUGACUAGAGGGCCCUGCACCUCAACAACAUAGUUGAUAAGUCUCAUUUGAACCGUUUUGUUUUUCUUAUACAUAUGUACCUUGCCUUGCUUUCUGCUUUGCUUGUAUGGCUUUGCUAUUUUAUGCAUUGCAUUUUUACUUGAUUUUGGACCUGCUAGGCUAGGUAUAUAGGGCCUUGAUUGGUAUAGGCAAAUCAAUGUUAGCACGCAAAUGGACAUCUGGACAUCGAAUUACCGCCUAGGGUACGUUUCUUUUUAUGCAAUAUAUCCUACAUUCGAACAAGAAACUCAACGUGAACCUUAAAAGUUUCAACCACAAAUUCUAAACUUAGGGGCCAACUGACGCUCCGAACUAUGGAUUCGUUUGGUUGAAUGCUAUAAUUAUUGCUGAGUUCUCAUUCGAGUGUUUUUGGGACGAGAAUACUUAAAAACCAAAGAUUGUUUCGAAGUAGGUAGUUGUUAUUUUUAGUAGUGGUUCGUGUAUUUUUCUCGUUUGUUAUUGUCAAAUUUUAUUUGUGAACAUUGUGCGUUGGUUAUCUCUGAUUCCUGAUUCCACCACCACCAUCAGUCAAUAACGCUAUAACCGUGGGUGUCCAACUCACCCGUGUGGUCAUUCACGGAUGCACGAGCAAGGGGUUUGCCAUUUGUCGCGAUGUUUUACUCCUUUACACAUGGGAUAAUCACCAAGUGUCUUACCCGUCUUUACAGUUGGUAUAUUUGAAUAAUUGCCUCAGUGUCUGAUGGUCAGACAAUCAUGUGUUCAAAGUCACUCAGAAGUAGAUAGGAGGCACUAUGUAGAUCGUGUGUGUGUGUGGAAUUUGUGUAAUUUGUAGGUUCUUUGUGCUACAAUGCUCACUGAACAUGUCUGUGAUGUUAAUCGUCGGAUAUCACACCGUCCAAUGGUGCAUACGAAUUGUGUUCAUUUUGUUCCCGUUGCGGGUUUUUGUUUUGUGUGCGUUGAUUCUUGCCUCAUUUUUGUCGUAAACGUUUAAACUCAUUUUAACAGGGUAGGUCACUCUCGCUAUGUAUGUUUGCACAUCAGUUGCGUGUUAGGCAAGUCACGUACUUGGUUAUCUGCGUUACGCUACUUUAUGCUUUCUGCUAGCCCGCUUCACUGCCAUUUUAACCGCGGCUGCCGAGGUGCGGGUAACAAUGUUAUAACCAUGGGCCCAUUAACCAAUGACACGCGAGUAUAGUACAACCUUGGCCAGUCACUGUGUUCGUUAAGUGUAUGUACCAAAUGGCACAAUCACUGGUUCGGUGUCAAGCGCACGCGACGCUUGAAAUGUGUAGUAAUAUAUUUGAAAGAAGA